AUGGCCUCAACCAAUGCACAGGUCCCGAGUUAUGAUGAAGAAGUCGACUUCCAAGCGCUGGCGAUGAUUGAUCCCGGGUUUGCCAAAUUCUAUGAUGACGCAAACGGACACGUCGAUUUUCAAGAUCCAAAGGCAUUGCAGCAACUCACAAAAAGUAUCUUGAGACGAGACUUUAAUCUCGAGCUUGACCUGCCCGAUGACAGAUUAUGUCCUCCGGUCCCCGUCAGGUACAACUAUAUUCGAUGGCUCCAAGAGUUGAUGGACACAACCAGCGAUGUCGAUAUUGAAGAUCCCUCCAAGCAAAAAGUCACUGGCUUGGACAUUGGCAUUGGUGCAUCAUGCAUUUACAGCCUGCUGGCUUGUUCCUCACGACCAUCCUGGAAUAUGCUUGGUACUGAUAUCGAUCCCCAAAACUUUUCAUACGCCAAUGGGAAUAUUGAAAGAAACAGAUUGGACGAGAGAAUCCAAACGAAGCUAAAUACUGCUCAAGACGUGUUGAUUUCACCUCAAGCAUUUGACCUCGACAGACUCGAUUUUACUAUGUGUAAUCCGCCCUUUUAUUCAAGCGCUGAAGACCUGGCAGUCUCGAGUGCAGGGAAGUCCGGCCCUCCUAGUGCCGUAUGCACAGGCGCAGAAAUCGAGAUGAUAUGUCCCGGAGGCGAUGCCGGAUUUGUGCUGCGUAUGGUUGAGGAGAGCAGGGAACUGAAAGAUUGUGUCAGAUGGUACACGAGUAUGCUCGGAAAGCUCUCUAGUGUGCAUCAAGUCAUCGAUCGACUCAAGGAGAUUGGCGUCAACAAUUGGGCUGUUACACUGCUUCGAGCAGGGAACAAGACUCGGAGGUGGGCUGUAGGAUGGAGCUAUGGAGAUAGGAGACCGAGUAACGUGAGUAGACUGCGAAUUUUGACUUGUAGCUAUGGUACUAACAGAUACAGGNCGGUUGCCAGAGGCAGUGAUGUCGGCACUCACAUUCUGCCAUACCCAACAGCUCAAACCAUUCACACCAUCGGAUUCACGAGGCAAGAAGCAGCUGAUCUGCUCAACAAAAUUCUGCAGGCGCUCGACAUACAGUGGUCCUGGCAGUCUAAGAACUGGGCUGGUCAUGGUAUUGCUACUCAGAACGUAUGGUCACGCUCAGCAAGACGUAAGCGCAAGAGAGUAGAGAUGGACCAGGAGGACGGGCAUGGAGCAACAGUACAAGGCGAGGUGAUCAAACCUACAGAUCCGGUCAAGGUCUCGUUGAAAUUCGAUAUUGAAGUGAAAGAGGGCGACAUGGAAGUUCGCUGGCUCCAAGGAAAAGACAACAUCCUCUUCGAAAGCUUCUGCGGCAUGCUGAAGAGAUCUAUGAAGCAGAAGUAA